CGUUCAGUGUCGGAGUCACAUGGUGACUAUUUCUUAAAGGUUUAUUCGUUUCAAAGGGUGUUUCUUGGUCUUAAAACAAAUAAAACAUCAUGGUGAAGAGAAAAGAAACAAAUACACACAGGUUUAAAGGAUUUUUCGAGCGCAUUUCAGCUAUUAAAAUCGAUGUGACUCACAGAAUCCAAAGAAGCACCGAGACACCAGAGGAUGAAGACACGUUCUUUUGUGAAGCACUUGCCAAAUGGACGGAGCUGAAUUGCACUCUACACUUUCAAGAAUUUUCCUCAGAAGUCAGGAAAUAUGUUCAAAGUCUAGCCCAGCUUGUUCACCACAAGAACGAAGUCAUAGAGCGAUUAAAAACUAAUCUACAAGUGAAUGGAAGUCUCGCUUUGGAGCCCCUGUUGGAUCUGGUCGUUCAGCUGGCUAGAGACUUGCAAAGCGACUUCUAUCCUUACUUCAGUAGCUUCUUUAAUAUAUUUAUAUCACUACUGAACCGCUCUUGGCAAGAUACUCAUACUCUGGAGUGUAUAUUUGCAACUCUGAGCUAUCUUUUUAAGUUUCUCUGGAGAUAUAUGGUGAAAGACAUCCAACAUAUCUUCAGUUUGUACAGUCCACUACUUGUGGGUGAACAAAAAUACUACAUCCAGCAGUUUGCAGCUGAGAGUUUUUCAUUCCUCAUGAGGAAAAGCAAAGACUGUAGCAAACUCUUUGACAUAAUUUUCAGCACACUCGAAGCACAGCCAGACUUGUGUCAGGGACUUGGAUUCUUGUGUUUUGAAAUGAUAAAAGGAGUCAAAAAGCAGUUUCACUCGGCCACAGAUUCUGUUUUACCUGUCUUGUUUUCAAAAACUGGAGCCUUUCAAAGCAAUUCAGUAGCUACUAGUUUGAAAUGGGAAAUGGUUUACCAGUCACUUGUGCACAUGCUCAACAGUAUGGCAAAAUACACAGUCAAGGAACAUUGCUCAGUGGUGGAAAAAACUUUGGUUAUGGAAUUGGAGAGGUUGUGGAGCAUUUGGAAUAAAAAACAGCAUGACUUUGAUCAAGCAGGUUCUCUGCAGAGUCAGAUAGGUUUCACUCUACAGCUGACUAAUGUUUGGGUUUCCUACAAGUCUGGUAGCUUGAUUUCAGACCCAAUAAAGAUAUGUGAUGUUGUUCAAGCGAUGAUUGUCCAGGAUUUUGUGUCAGAUGACAUUGCCUCUUCCUUGUUUGAACUUAUAUCAACACUCCUGCAAACAUCCUCCACAGAACUCUCCUGGGAGAGACACCAGAAACAAUUGACUUCGAAAGUAUUUAAGACAAUAGAGAGUCAAGAGCAGUUGUUUAUGUUUUGUAAACUUUUGUUAAAGUGGGAACAUUUCCAGAGAGAUGCUUUACCUUCUUUGUUGAACUUUUGCCAAGAAGAGCUGCUCAAAGGUUCAUCUAAAAUUCAAGAUAUUAUUCUUAUUCUGACAGAAGUCAUCUUUCAAACUGCAUCUGCAGAUAGCAGUGGACUUGAUUUGGCAAGCUUGAAAGGGUUGCUUUUUUUCCCAAAAUGUGGCACCAGACAAGGUACAAAGAUUUUAAAAGUGUUCCUUGAUGCUGUAACAAUAGAAAACAAAGCUGUCUUGGAUAAAAGCAAGCUUUCCCUAACAUGGAGUUCUCUUGUAUGCAUUCCCUGUAUAAGUCCUUUAGAUGUUCCUCAGUGUUGUGACAAGCUCUUGAGUUUUAUUGGCGUCUUCAGUGAACACCUGCUGGCAAAUACAAGUGCUGGGGGCAGUGCCCAGUGCUUGAGUGUUUUAGGUCAGGCAAUUCAGUCGUACAUUUUAAUUGUGGCUGAUGCAGAGGACAUUGGCAAGAAUUUGGACUUCAAGUUCAUAGUAUCACUACUCAGAUCCUGGCCAGACAAUGUCCACAUUCUUCAAGCUUGUCAUAAACUUACGGCAGCCUCGAGGAAGCACGGCAUGGGAGGUGUCCUUGUCCUUGAGGAAAACCUUCAGCAGAUAUUUCCCUACCUCCGUCUCAAUUUGUGUUCUUCAAGUCACUUCGUGCGUGUUCUCACUCUUAAAAUUUUGGCAAGUUUUGAGCAGCUUGGAAGGAGUUCAUCAAACAACAAGCCCCCUGACUCCUUAAGGCCCUCGUUGUUUCAAACGUGUCUCGCCUCUGAGGAACUUCCAACACGUUUAGAGUCGUACAGAGACAAGCUGGUGUGUCUACAGAAAAUCCGCUUCUCUUCAGCGUUUUACGACGAUCUGGCGGAUCUCUACAGAGAUGCUGCUGUGCUUUACUUGUGCGGAAUGCUUUGUGUGAACUUCAGUCCCCUUUGGGAUCCAGUGAUUGAUAUUGUUGCAAGUUUUGCUCAAGGCUCGAAUGUCAAGAACUUUUGGAGGAUAUUCAGUGAGCUACUCAACACAACUUCUGACAGAACAGAAAAGAAACUCGGAGAAGAAAUGGAUACGAGCAGCAGCGAACAACCAGAAAUGGAGAAUAGUGAACAAAACUGUUGUAAUUCUAAGAAGUGCCUUGAUGAAAUAUUUGAGAAGCACAACAAGGCUUCACUGGGUUCACGAGAUGAGACCAGAGAAGAUCCUGUUAACUUCCGGCAUCUGCUGUGGAAAGCGAUGGCUUCUUUUCCGGAAGUCGCCGAGCAGAAAUCACGUGAUGUGGUACCGCUGUUUAUUCGAUUUGUGAGCAACGAAUACUUUGUGGCAAUGGAAAACGUUGCUCCCUCGCAAGACAUCCGAGUCAAACAGCUUUCUGAACCACAAGGAUCCCUGGCAGAGGUCGAUCAGUCAGACUCCAUGGAGACGGAAGUGGAACACAUCAAUUCCAAACCACAAGAGAAUUUGCACAAGAAGAGACAUAAGGCGGCCACAAAGUCUCUUUGUACUCAUCUGAGCCUCUUCGCAGCUUUCAAGAAUCCGAAAGCUCUCUUCAAAGAACCCCAGUUAAGGGAGUUAUACUUGAGAUUCCUAACUCAUAGAGAGGCUGAAGUACAAAAGCUUGCAGUACAGUGCCUGUGGACUUACAAGUUUGAUUAUCUAGAGCCGUACAAAGAGGCUAUUGAGCGCUUGUUAGGCGAUGAAAACUUUCGAGAUGAGAUGGCACACUUUUCAGUUGACGAGGAUAGCGGCAUUGUGACGAUGAGUCAUCGAGAUGGACUAAUGCCAGUGCUCAUAAGGCUCUUGUACGGCAAGAUGCAAAGACUGACCGGUACAGGAAGUGGAGGACGAGCAGGCGUGGGAGUGAGGCGAGCUGUCGUGUCGAGGUUCCUGGCCUCUUGUCCUCAGAAAGAGAUAAAAAUUUUCAUGGACCUGAUUUUUGCGCCAUUUAAACACCUUUGUAGAGCAGAUGAUGCAAGUGUGAUUGUUACCGUGGCAACAGACCUCUCCCGUGUUGUCCCUCUAAAGAAACAGCAAGGAUUUCUGGGAAUGGUGUCUCAAAUCCUGGAUAAGCUGGGCAACCUGGCGAGGUCGUUUCUUCCUUCUAUUCUGCAAAUUAUUCUGUCUUUGCUCUCGACAUGCGUAUUUGCUCUGGAACAUCGGGAAAAGGUGCAACCAUCACUGAUCUCGCAGCUGAAAACAAUCCGACAGAUGGCUAUCAUGCGCUUGACGGAAUUUUUUGAGUCCAUGGCGGAUUAUGACUUCAAACCUAUUUGCGACGCCUUGUUCUCGUCUGCCGUAUGGCCUCAGAUAGAGAAAUUAAAUCAAGAGAGCAUCCAACACCCAACUCCAUUGCUCAAGCUCCUGUUCUCUUGGUCAAAGAAUUAUCGUUUGUUUCCCUUGCUGUCAAGAAAACCAGUCGAGAAGCCCAACCUGUCUAUCAUGUCAUGUGUGUUCGAGUGUCUGCGCGUUCCGUCAAUAUCAUCGGAAGUAGUUGCCAUGGUAAUGGAAAUGGCGGACAAUCUUCUUGAUGCAAGUCAAUUAGAGGCGGAUGAUGAAGAAAAUGAUUUGAUGGAUUGUGGCUCUGAACUGGGAAUAUUUCCGAGCUACGAGUUUCACGAAAGUAGACCAAGUUACGGAACAUUGUUGGUUCUCCCGCACCUCCCACAGCUCUUGGAAUAUCUGAGUCGAUCCGUACAACAAGCCAUCGACAGUUCUAAAGGAAAGAACAAAGGAAAAGAUAUGCUUUCCCAACGAGAACUUUCAGUGUUGUCUAAACUAAGUCCCUUUGUGAAAGACGCCAAUGAAUCUUCUACUCUUAUAGAGGUGCUGCUACCAUUCAUGAGCAGUUAUCAAAAAGAAGAGACGGCAAACAAUAUUUUAAAAACUGUUAAAAGCCUUCUGGUGAACGUUGAAACUCCCAGAAACUUUGUUUCGUCUUUAUCGAAGCUUUUCUCGCAGAUAAUCGUUCGUAGUACAAGGCAAUGUCUAUGUGACGUGUUCCUUGAGGUGGGGAAUAUCGAUUCAACUUUCUCUUCCGAGAGUUGCGAUGUUCUUGCUGAUUUGAAUUCCUGGAAUCCUCAGCGCAUUGAAGAACCUGAUUACGAUAGAAGACUCACCGGCUUUGCAAAUGCUAAGCGUUUGAUUGGACAGGAUGCCCUUAAAACCGAGGAGAUUCUACCAAUACUACACAACUGCAUUUAUUUUGUUUUAAACAGCGAUGAUAUGUCAAUUCGAGACAGUGCUGGCAGCUGCAUGAGCUGUGUCGUGCACAAUAUUGUCCAGCGAAGUGGAGUCAACGAUGAGCGAUUUCAUGUUCUUAUCAUCAAGUGUCUGUUACCGGCUCUCAAGAGGGUUCUUGCUUCAAAGAAAGAGCUUGCCAGAAACGAAUUUCUAGGUGUGCUCUCAACUAUGGUCCGCCAAUUUCAACACGAUUCUCUCUCAGACCUCAAGGUUCUCUUGGACGAUGAUCCCGAGAAAGAUUUUUUUGAAAACAUCAAACAUAUUCAGCUUCAUCGUCGUAUACGUGCUCUGCGUCGCCUACAGGCACAUUGUCAGCAGCGCAGCCUCAGAACCACAACCCUUACAGCUUUCUUAUUGCCAUUAGUAACACACUGUGUUUUUGAUCACACCGCUGCGAGGGAACAUAAUCUUGUGACUGAGGCUGUCACCACUAUUGGAACAAUAUCGGCCAGUUUACCUUGGUCCAAGUAUUGCAGCCUUCUAAGACACUAUCUGAAACUGUUACCAGUUGAAAAAACUUUCCAGAAAGUGAUCGUCAGGAUUGUGGUGAUCAUUCUGAACAACUUUCACUUUGACCUCAGCGGUGUUCCCAAACAGUUGGAGACAGAACUUUCGAGAGAAAGCAGCAAAGACACUGAAAGAUUAAAAACAAAUCUCGAAGGUGAAAAAACUGGACCUGAUGGAAAGAAAGAAGCUGAUGAUGCAGAUAAUGCUGUCAAUGAUGAUGACAAUGAUAAAGAAGGGGAAGACGAUGAUGGCGGUCAAGCAGGAGACACUGGAAAGGACGAUACACCAGAUCUUAACAAAGAAGAACUUGCUUUGCGUAUCUACAACACAAUUACCUCCAGUAUUUUACCUCAAUUGCAAAAAUGUGUGACUAAGAAGAACAAGUCGGCUCAUUUUCACCGAUUGAGUCGUCAGAAGGCCGAAGAUGAAGAGGAUAUCUUACGUGUUCCUGUCAUUCUCGCCAUUGUUAAACUGCUUCAAUCCUUACCUGAGCAUGCGCUUCACUUACAUCUACCCGGUCUUCUUCUCCGUGUUUGUCACACACUGAGGAGCAGAGCACGGGAGGUCCGUGAUGCAGCGCGGGAUACGCUCGCAAAGAUCACUAUUUCUCUUGGAACCCAGUACUUCCCUUUCGUACUAAAGGAGCUCAGGAGUUCACUAACAAGAGGAUACCAGCUUCACGUGCUCGGUUUCACCAUUCAUACAUUACUGGACAAAAUGAGCGACAAUUUGGCCGCAGGGGAACUGGAUGCGUGUCUGCAAGGAUUAGUAGAGGUGCUAGUUGAGGAUUUAUUCGGAGAAGUUGCUAAAGAGCGUGAGGUGGAAAAGAUUGUCAACAAGCUUCAUGAAGCAAAAACAUGCAAAAGCUUUGACACAUUCGAAGUUCUUGCAAAAUUUGCCGGAACGCGGUCACUGACUCUUCUGAUAUCCCCCUUGAAGGAGGUUCUUGACUCCACUCAAAUUCACAAAACUGCUCGUCGAGUAGAAGAAGUCCUCCGAAAAAUUAGUGUUGGACUACAAGCGAACGCAAGCAUCACUCCGCGGAUACUGCUUGUGUUUAUCCACGGAAUAACUGGUGAAAAUGUGCGGAUGCUGAAAAUGAAGCAAGAGGAAAAGAAAGCAAUUUCGACUCCAGCCGAUCCCAGGCUCCAAUCGAGUAGCUCGUUGUUGCUUCCACCCAACCCUGUACGAGGAGGUAAUGUCCCUCAGAACAACAACAAGACAAAUCAUCACAUUCUAGUGGAGUUUGGUCUUCAGUUGCUGUAUAUGCUGCUUAAACACGGAAAACUCUCGCCUUCAGACCAGGAACAUCAACGAAUGUUGGAUCCUUUCGUGGUGCUUCUUACAGACUGCCUCAAAUCCAAAUACAACAAGGUUGUGACGAUCUCUCUCCGUUGUGUCAGCUGGCUCGUUAAGUUUCCACUUCCGUCGUUGAACAAGCAUGUCCCCACAAUGGGAAAACUCCUCUUCAACAUACUGAAAAACUAUGCAAAAGCCGGUGCAAAAGUUGGAGAGAACUUUGAAAUGCUCAUCUCGGCCUUUAAGGCCAUGACCGUUGUCAUAAGGGACUUCAAGGAAUUCACAGUCGCUGAGAAACACCUGCAGGUGUUGCUGGGAUUUGUGGAGGAAGACAUUCAUGAUCACACCAAACAAGGAACAGCUUUUCCUCUUCUGAAGGCAAUUCUCUCUAGAAAACUCAUUGUUCCUGAAAUCCACGAUGUCAUGUGGAAAGUUGGGCAGCUGUCAAUCACAGGUAGUUCACCAUCCGUUCAGCUCCAGUCAAGACAGGUUAUGCUACAGUUUCUCCUCGAUUACCCACUAGGGACCAAACUGCAAAGAUAUCUAGAGUUUUAUGUUUCUCAGCUGAGCUAUGAAUACGAAACUGGUCGGGAAUCGGCGCUGGAGAUGUUGGAAUCUAUGUUUUCUUCUUUUCCAAAGUCAAUGUUGUUCGACUACGCUGGGUUUUUCUUUGUACCGCUGUCCUCUCGCCUGGUAAACGAUGACUCAGCCAGUUGCCGUAAGCUGACUGCACUUGUUAUCAAGUCACUUCUUGGGAAGCUUGACGCCGAUGAGCGACAGAAGCUGUUUUCUAUCGUUCUUUUAUGGUUCAAAGAUAAAAAGAUCGCUCUACACCGCCUUGCUGCUCAAGUCAGUGGUCUUUUCGUUGAGGUUGAAGAAAAGGGCUUCGAGAAAAGACUUGGAUCUUUGUUACCACUUGUUAGCUCUCUUAUAGUUCCAGAUCAGUUUGAAAAGGUAAACAGAUUUUUUUUCUACUUCACGUGUAUUACCUUCCACGAGGGGCGUGCCGAGGAAAGCGGUGAACGUGACAUUUCUGAGGGUCUCCACCGGGUAAAGGAUCACCUACUUUUUAAUACUCUCUCGUUUUUGACAAAAAUUACUCAACAUUGUCAAGUUAUUAAGAAUCCAAGCCGACAACAGGAAAUGGCGCAAAUCUGGGAAUCUGUGGAAGCACAUUUGCUGCAUCCCCACUCCUGGGUCCGACUGGUGUCCAGUCGAUUAUUCGGUCUUCUCUUUGCUGCGUGGAAACCCGAGGACCUGGUUUCUGGUUAUCAGAGGGGAGGUUCAUUAAACUCUUAUCUAACAAAGGAUCUACCUGGAAAGGUGUCCAAGCUUUGCGAUGACUUCUGCACUCAACUUCACUCUCCGCUCUUGGAAAACGAGUUGGGAGAGCAGAUUGUCAAAAACUUGGUAUUCCUGGCCAAAACACUGCAACUCUUGGAGCUUCAAAACGAGGGGGGAGGUAAACAUGGACAAGAAAACGAAGAAUGUAUCAGUGCCGGUGAUGGAACGACUUUCUCGCUGGCAAUCCUUCUAGCCAACAUGAACAAGCUAGCGACUCAAGAGGCCUCUCAAACCCCCAAACAGACACAAAAGAGAUCCUGUGUGUUGAGAUGGCUCGCUGCAGUGUCUAUUAAUUUGGGAAAAGAUGCCAUUGAACCACAUCUAGUGGAUAUCCUAAGCCCAGUUUACAGAGAGUUGGAAUUAGCCACUAGUUAUAAAGAUUCCGAUUUGGUGAAACUUGCCAAGGAAGUGCUGGAACUCAUCAAAAGUCUUGUCGAACGGGAAACAUUCUCGUGGGCCUACGCCAAUCUUCAGCAAACCGCGACCGAAGCGCGGGAAACGAGAAAGAGAAAGACUGCGCUAGAGGCAGUGGCCGAUCCAGCAAAGAGUGCUCGUAGAAAGGUUAAAAAGAAUUUGGCGAAGAAGGUGACAAGGAAAAGGAAAAUUGAUGCGCGCAAGCCGGAAAGAAAGAUAAAAGCGCCCCGAAUGCAGAAACUUUGACUCGUACAAACACAGCAUUAUCUUUUACCUUGUGCGGGCCUAUGAGCUGCCCGCUCUUUGCCAAUUACCAAAACAAAAUCAUUUUAAAUUUGACGAAAACAUUUCGUGUCAUAGUUUGGCAGUCAAGUGUUUGAGAAGUUACUUAAGCUCUGCUGUCACCUAAAAUGAAUUAAGCGAACGUCUGACCGCAGGUUGUCAGUUUGUUGGAAGAAAAUCUCAUUAGUUCGCUGCAGCUGAAAUUUAGCACUAUCUUUUUUUACUUGAAUUAAUUUCAUUUUCGCCAAUUUUACAUUAAUACGUAUGGUGCUGUGAUUCAUAUUUUAUUGCAUUAACAUUUAUCUUCCGGAGACGUCAGAAUUCUUGCGUUUUGUAGUUUUCGCGGUCUUGUAAUUCAACAACUGAACGCAAAACGAAACAGUCAAUGUCUUCAGUUGUUUUCUUACAGUAUCAAUAAAUUUUGCCAGACAUACAGGCGCGUAAUAAAAAUGAAAAAAAAAAUGCGCUGUUAGUAAAUGAACUACAAUUUGGCGAAUUGCCGAAUUGUCCAAUUUUAAAGCAUGACGAACCUAAAUCAGCAAUAAUGAAACAUUUUUAGAGCGCUUGAAA